AAUAAUUCGUACGUACGAUAUAUUUUGAACAAAAAAAAUGUGUUAUACGAAAUUUAUAUAUUUUUAUCUAUAUUCAUUCAUAAUAGCCUAUCUAAAAUUAAAUAUUCGCAUCGCUUACUUAUGCAACCAACAUUACGAAAUCGCGUAAUACGAUUGAUGUAAGCAGAGGAUAUAAGAGGACACUUUAUCUGUCAAAAAAAAGAAAAAGUGAGGUUACAUUUUUUAAUUAAAAUUUGAAAUAAACCCAACGGAUUCGAUAUAAUUAAAACAAACUAAUUAAGUUGAAACUUUACAAGUUGCAAGUCACAAAUAAUUACAUAAUAUAUUGUAAGCAUGUCCUGUGUACCAAAGGUUUUAAAACUGAACAACGGUAUGACAAUACCAACCAUAGGUCUGGGUACGUAUAAAUCCGCAGAGAACGAAGUCAGAGAGGCCGUAAAAUGCGCCAUCGAAGUGGGCUACAGGCACAUAGACACCGCUUGGUUCUACGGCAACGAAAAGGAAAUCGGCAGCGCUCUGAGCGAGUCCUUCCGCAACGGUACCGUCAAAAGACAGGACAUCUUCAUGGUUACAAAGCUCUGGAACAACUUCCACGAUAGGAAGAACGUCGUGCCGAAGCUGAGGGAGUCGUUGUGUUCGCUGGGAUUGGACUACGUGGAUUUGUUCCUCGUGCAUUGGCCUUUUGCGUUUAAGGAAGACGGCUGUACUUUACCCACGAGCAGCAGCGAUUACAGCGACGUGGAUUACUUGGAAACGUGGGAGGGAAUGGAGGAAUGCGUUAGAGAAGGGCUGGCGAAAAGCAUUGGGUUGUCCAACUUCAACGAAGGCCAAAUCGAACGAGUGCUGGGACACUGUAGAAUUAAACCUGUUGUUAAUCAGGUCGAGGUGAAUCCGAACAAUAACCAGAGCGGUUUGAUCAAAUUUUGCAAGGAUAGGGAUAUAGUCGUGACGGCUUUUUGUCCUCUAGAAAGGAUCGGGAAGAGCAGGGAACCCGGUUAUCCUACGGCUACUGUACUGGACCCGAAAGUGAUAGAAAUGGGGAAGAAAUACAACAAAACCGCCGCGCAAGUCGUCUUGAGAUAUUUACUUUCCCUGGGCAUAACUAUAAUACCUAAAUCGGUAACCAGAUCGAGAAUCGUCGAAAAUUUCGAGAUAUUCGAUUUCGAUUUAUCAGACGACGAUAUUUGUUACUUGAAAUCAUUGAAUAAAAACAUCAGAGUUUCGGCUAUGGUGCAAUACAAAGACCACAAACAUUACCCCUUUUAAACGCGACGAAAAAAAAGAAACCACGAAAAUUCCUAUUUCCGUUUAAUCAAAUAAAUAACAAUGAAAUAAUAUUUUAAUAUCUUACAAAUGUAUUUAUUAGUUACUCUCAUUUGUAGCGAGGAAAAAUAAAGGAGAACACGCCGUUCGCGGUCGCGCUAGUUUUUCCUCCUCCUUCGAUAUCUCCUGUGACUCCUGUACUCCUUACUCUCCUUCUCCGCCUCCUUCUCCGCCUCCUCCCCCGCGCUCUCCGCAUUAUUAUCUACUUUAUUAUUUGGCAGCAUCUGAAAAAAAUCCACAACGAUAGCGACGAAAAAAAAAUUGACACCUCCUUCGCCGAACCUACCGCAUCAAUCGACGAAUUCCUCCCGUCCUCCACGUCGUACCCGUUCUCCGGCUCGCCGUUCUCCGUCGCGACGCCCUCCGACGUCUCCAUCGGCUCGCCCUGCGCCAAUCCGCUCCGGCGCUUCUCCUCCGCCGCGUCCGACUCCUCGCUCUCCACCUUCUCGCAGAACCUGGCUGGCGCCUCCUCCGGCGAGUCCGGCCGCCUUAUCCGGAUCUCCGGGCCCCCUACAAACAGAUUUACACAUUACAGAUUGUUAGGCAACCCGCUUCACAUCGCUUCUACUGCAUGCAUUGUGAUUUGCGUACGCCUGAUUGUUAGGCAACCAGUUUCACACUACUAUUAUUAAGGUUUAUAGGAGGAAUUGUAGGGUUUUGCGGGGCGGAAUUGGCGUUGAAUUUACCUCCGUAGAUGUCGUGGAAGAAGGUCCAGACGGCCUCGGGCACGUCGGCCGCCUCUUUGGCGUCCAAUCGGUCCGGAUCGAUUUUGGUGUUGUCGAUGGGACCGGGCGGUUCGUGGUUGCGCUUCUGCACGAAAUUGUGCCAUUGCGUGUACCAAGAGCUGGACAGGUAGUGCGUGUGCGGGGCGUCGCGCGCCUGCGCGUCUCGGCUCGCCCGCAGAAAGGUCUCCAUCUCGUGGAGGAGGCGGCCCUGGAGGGCGGCGCACGCCGGACAGACGGCGCAAUCGACGAACGGCGCGCAACCGCCGAAUUUCCCGUGCAAAUACUGGUAGAGCUCGAGCGGCACGGCCGUCGCGAUUUUGUCGAUGUCGACGUCGCGAUCGGGACUGACGGCGCCGUGUUGGCAGAGGAAGUCCGAGUUGUCGAUGGGGCCCGGUUCGCUGCAGUAGUAGAAC